CGCGCAGCCGGGCGGCUUGGCGGCCACCGGGCCGACGCCAGGGAGAGCAGUCUGGCCUCGGGCCUCGGCGAGCCGGCUUCGGCCCGCAGCGCCUGAGAGCGGGGAGAGGGGGUCACAGAUGGCGGCCGGGCGCGCGGGGACGGAUGGGCAGCGGCAGGGGCGAGGCCGGGCGGAGGCCCCGCGGGAACCGGACUCCCGAGCCGAGCUCCAUUGUUGUUGGAGCCGAGGGAAGGGGGAGCAAAACAGCUUUAGAAACCCUUGAAGCCGCGCCUUGGAGCCUUUCCAGGCGGGUCCCCGGAGAGACGAGCGCCUCGCGUCCCAGCAGAGCCAGGCGAGCAUCCUACUCAGGUGAUGAGGAACCCUUCGCGCACCCAGCGCACAACGCUGCUGCCGCUGGACGCCUCCAUUGUUUGACCAUAACGAGGGCCGGAUUCUCACCCAGUAGUAUAUCCAUGAUGUGGCUCAGAUGGUUACAGUAAGUGGUUGUUGUUGGAUGAUGUACUUGGGCUAUGAACAGGAGCAUGAUAUCUACAAAUUCUCUUCUUCAGACCUGCAAAUCCAAGAGACACAUCUCUCUGGAAGAUAAGAGCUCCAUCCUCAAUAUCAAGAAAGGAGACUGGAGUGAUACCUGUGGAGGGAAUCCUCACAGGGAAAGAUUGACACACCUGGACCUGAGGAACUUGCUUCCUGGGAGGGCUCCUGUCUGAUGUGCAGGAGGCAGCAUGUCAUUGUGACUCUGCAAGGGCGGGCUCCAAGGGACCAAGACCAGCACGCAGUAUCUUUCCCUCUGCUCCAGGGGACGCUGUGCAGGCCUUUUUCUGCAAGUGAGAAGUAUGAGAUUAUUCUGCAAGAGGAAGAUUCCAAGGGCUUAAAAAACGCCAAGAUUUGCAACUUGGGAGCGCUGUGGAAUGUUGACAGCUCAGGAUCUAAAAGAAAGUUCUGUGUUAGUGAGUCAUAGAGUUCAUGUGGAAGUAAAUGUCACUUUAUAAUUCGUAAUAAUACUGAGUGAGGAACACUAUGCAGGAAGAAACCUUCCAUAGAAAGACAGGCAGGGAAAAGCUUAGGCUGCCCUUAAACCUCCCAAAUAGAGCAAGCCUGAGAUAAACGGCAAAAUGGCCAAAUGAGAGACUCUGUGAAGUAGCAGCCCUGUAACUGUAGUAGUUAUAAGGAAAUCUUCUCCUUUGAAUCACGAUACCAAAUAGGAAACAUGAUCUACAAGUGCCCCAUGUGUAGGGAAUUUUUCUCUGAGAGAGCAGAUCUUUUUAUGCAUCAGAAAAUUCACACUGCUGAGAAGCCCCAUAAAUGUGACAAGUGUGAUAAGGGCUUCUUUCAUAUAUCAGAACUUCAUAUUCAUUGGAGAGACCACACUGGAGAGAAGGUCUAUAAAUGUGAUGAUUGCGGUAAGGAUUUUAGUACCACAACGAAACUUAAUAGGCAUAAGAAAAUCCACACAGUGGAGAAGCCCUAUAAAUGUUAUGAGUGUGGCAAAGCCUUCAAUUGGAGCUCACAUCUUCAAAUUCACAUGAGAGUUCAUACGGGUGAGAAACCCUAUGUCUGUAGUGAGUGUGGAAGGGGCUUUAGCAAUAGUUCAAACCUUUGCAUGCAUCAGAGAGUCCACACCGGAGAGAAACCCUUUAAAUGUGAAGAGUGUGGGAAGGCCUUCAGGCACACUUCCAGCCUCUGCAUGCAUCAAAGAGUCCACACAGGAGAGAAACCCUAUAAAUGCUAUGAGUGUGGGAAGGCCUUCAGCCAGAGCUCCAGCCUCUGCAUCCAUCAGAGAGUGCACACGGGGGAGAAACCCUAUAGAUGCUGUGGGUGUGGGAAGGCCUUCAGUCAGAGCUCCAGCCUCUGCAUCCAUCAGAGAGUGCACACCGGGGAGAAGCCUUUUAAAUGCGAUGAGUGUGGGAAGGCCUUCAGCCAGAGCACCAGCCUCUGCAUCCACCAGAGAGUACACACGAAGGAGAGAAACCAUCUCAAGAUAUCAGUUAUAUAAGCGUUUUGCUAAGAGCUAAAAAUCUUAAAACCCAUAAGUGCCACUAGGAAGGAAACCCUGUAAAUACCUACAUUGACCCAAGAAAUUUUUACAGCAAGCCCCAGCAGAACAUCGUUUUCCAAGAGGCAUGUGUGAGGUUGGUUUUUUGAAUUUGUGUCAAGCGUCUUCCACACCUUGACUUGGAAUCUGGAAUCCCUCCGAGUGUUUGCCCAGGACAGGCUGUGAGGUCCCAGUCGUGGGUGCGCGUUUCCUGGGAUUCUGGCACCAUGCCUCAGUAGUUGAAGUACUACACAGGAAACCAUGAUCAUUGCCCAGCCUCCUGAGUCACCUCCUGUCUAUGUUUUACCUGAACGUUACCCCACAUACUCCCCCAUCCUGGGAGCUUGUGACCUUCCUUCUCCUGAUACAAGCCUCCUGGUGAUUGCGUUUGAAAAUGGCCAGCUCCCAUUAGGUAGUGCUCUGGUAUUUCUGAGGUUAGCACUUGAUUCAGCCUCUUACAUAUCUGUCCAUAUAUCCCAUUAUUUCUAAACUCAAUCUGUAUGUCCUCAAAAUACCCAUAAAUAUCCACCCCUUCCUAGAUGGCAUUAAAUUUCAUUUUAGAUGAUUCAUAAUUUCCAUUCACUUUGCCUAUCAGAGAAAUCACUGGCAGACAUACAUGCCCUUGAACUUUUUAAUUUUGUGAAUUCUACUAAUCACUGUGUCUCUGUGUUAGUCUGACUUAAUUUUCUAGUGGCUACAUCGCAUCUUUUUAACUUGAAUUUUUUUGGAAAUAGCUGAAUGUAAAUAGGGAGGAAGGAGCGAGCAAAGUUAGAACUUUUCUCCAUCUAGAGCUGCCCUCUUGGGCUGCUUUAGCACCUCUCCAUCUAGAGCUGCCCUCUUGGGCUGCUUUAGCAACAUGGAGGCUGCAGGAGAGAUGGGUGGUCCCAGGGGUCGCCGGUAACGGUUAGACUGUUUCUGUGGUUUGGGGCAGUGACGUGUAGCAGUCCUCGAUGCCCUUCAUUGAGGGCUGCAUAUCAUGAUAGGUCCUUUGUAGGCACGAAUGUCUCUGUUAAUCCUUCUUUUCUUUGCUCAUUCAUUCAACAAGUAUUUAUUGAACACCUCCUAGGUGCCAGGCACUGGGCUCGGUGCUGGGAAUACCACUGAGUAAGGCAGACAGGGGCCCAGCUCUCGCGGAGUUUACUGCUGGUGGUGGAGACAGGCGAUAAGCAAGUAAACAAAUAAAUAAUGUAGUUUGAGAUAGUGAUUUAAGUGCUAUGAAGAAAAUAAACUAGGGCGAGGAUUUAGAGUGGUGGGGGGUGGGGGCGGGGGGCAGCGUUAGGUGUAGUGGUCAGGGAGGCCUUUGAGGGCGGCGCUGGGGCUGGCAGAGCCUGGGCCUCGGGGGGAUAGGAGGGGGCCAGGUGCCGAGUGUAGGAGCAGUGGGGAGGGGAGAGGUACUGAGUUGCUCAGUAUCCUGACGUUUAUAGGCCUUUUUUUUUUUUUUUUUUUUUUUUUUUUUUUGGGCUACAUUGAUAUUAAAAACUCAUGUGGAGGAACUCAAGGAAUGUUCAGAAGACCAAAAGUCCCCAAUGACAACAAAAAGCAACUAAUUUUUAAAUUUGUUUCUCUUCUCAUUCCUGUUUUCAUUGAUUUCCCACAUGUAGUCCUUUUGCUCAGGAAGUCUUUGGGGAAAAUUAAGGCUCUUUGAAGCUCUGAAAUGGGUGAUCAGGUUAGCGGUAUUUGUCCACUGUCUGAGAGGUUGGAAAAUAAACUACCCAAAAUAGUCAUCGAAAUACUGAAAGCUUGAUUUCUCCAUAUUUGAAUUAAUUUCUUCUGAUUGACUGGAAGGGGUUUUUGUAUAACUAAAAUCUCAAUGCAUAAAGAUUUAAAAGGAGCACAUCAUGCAGUGGGUGAGCCAUGAAACUAGAGAUGGGAUUUGGGGGUAAGUUUGUUACCGUCUGAAUUUUAAUCCAGACGUCUCUGUUAACAUAAGCCUUUGGGAAGUCGCUUCUCAGACGGUUUCUCCUUGUUGCCAAGAGGGCUGGCUUAGUUAUUUGAUAAAGCCCCUUCCAGGCCCGAAUUCCUCGACUAUGAUUUACUGUAGUGUCUUAACACCCUCUCACGUCACAGUAGUGUGGAGCAUUAGAGAAAAGCCUAAACUUUUAGUUGCUAGAGAGCCAGUUGAAAUAUCAUUGAUAGAAUUUUAGUUUUAGGAAAAAUUGGUUUGAUUUCUAGCUUUAUUACUAUUAGGUAUGUGAGCUUGGGCAAAUCGCUUAAUCUUUGAGUCUAGUUUUCUCACUCAUGAAAUGAGGAUAUUAGGCGAAAUGAUUUCUGAGUUUCCAGCUAGUCCUAGAGUUCUAUAUUUCUACAUAGUUGAAUUAUUUUAUCAUGCUGUUGCUGGGGAAUAUGACUAACACUUUUGAAGCUACUAAUUUUAUGUCGAGCUUUAAAGUCCAUAAUUGUUAUCUUCAGAAAAUAUUAUUUGACCUACAGUAUGUCCAAAUCAAUUUAAUAAAAUCACUUUAUAACAGGG